AUGGCAAACUCCACGCAAAAAGAAUUCCAUGGCUGGGUCUGCCACUCUAAGACGUCACCCUUAACCUCCACAACCUUCCAACCAAAACUCUUCGACCCAACCGACAUCGAAAUAAAGGUAACCCACUGCGGCAUCUGCGGCUCAGACAUUCACACUCUCCGCUCUGGGUGGGGCCCAACAGACUACCCUUGUGUCGUCGGCCAUGAAAUUGUUGGCCACAUUACCCGUGUUGGGUCCGGAGUCUCUAGCCUCACAUCCCCAUCCCGCCAUUUGAAGGUUGGAGAUAGGGUCGGUAUUGGAGCACAAUCAGACUCCUGCCGCCACCCGCAUUGCCCAGAGUGCGCUUUCGGAUUGGAAAACCAUUGUCAGAAGCAAACGGGGACGUAUGGUGGCCGGUUCCGCGAUGGAAGCAAGUCGUACGGUGGAUAUGCUUCCCGUUGGCGCGGCCCAGCGUGGUUUGCGUUCAAAAUACCGGAUAACUUACCUAGCGCUGCUGCUGCACCCCUUUUAUGUGCAGGGAUAACGGUAUAUUCACCACUGGUGAAAAAUGGCGCUGGGCCAGGGAAAUCAGUUGGAGUCAUCGGUAUUGGCGGGUUGGGCCACUUAGGCCUUUUGUUCGCUAGAGCGCUAGAUUGUGACCAGAUAACUGCAAUUUCGCGAACAAGCGCGAAGAAGGAUGAAGCUUUGGGGGGACUGGGAGCGGACAAGUUUAUUGCAACAGACGAGGACAAAGGCUGGGCAAAAACGCAUGCGCAAUCGCUAGAUUUAAUUAUCAGCACUGUCUCGUCUUCUGAUAUACCCAUUGGAAACUAUUUGAGGCUUCUGAAGGUGAAUGGGCAGUUCAUUCAGGUUGGGGCUCCGGAAGAGCCGUUCCCGGCAUUUAAGGUGUUCCCGCUUAUCAAUAAAGGGGUCAAAAUCGGGGGCUCUGCCAUUGGCUCGCCAGAAGAGAUUCGGCAAAUGCUUCAGUUGGCAGCUGGUAAAAAGGUUCUCCCCUGGGUCCAAGAACGGCCCAUGGAGGACGUCAAUAACGCACUGGCCGAUAUGCAUGCUGGGAAAGCAAGGUAUAGAUAUGUCUUGGUGAAUAAGCCUGAAACCGAUGCGAAGCUAUGA